UAUUUCACAUCGGCCUUCGGCCUCGGUGAAAUAAACCUGCACUCGGGAUAAUUUUAUAUUUGUCGUACAUAUCAGUAUAUUGUCCCGGUAUAUUGUACAAUAGAUUGUACACUAUUUAAACAGAGGUAUAUUAUUAUGAUUCGACGGGAUGCCAGUGUGACCCCCAUUCAUCUUUUCAACUGAUGCGCCCCGUUGGGCAAUAUCUUUUGUUGAGGUAGAUCUACAACGACAAGCCAUGUUCAUUGAUGCUUGACCACUUCCACCAUUCCCAAGCGCUGUUUUAUUGUUCAAUAAUGAUCUAUCCGCUCAAUGAGUGUGUCAGCGGAGUAUGAGUAAGUGCAUGCAACACACGCAUUCCACGUCCAUACACAUACACACACACAAUACAUACGCGCUAUAGUAUGUACCCCGCCUAGGCCCUGCACACAGAUAUAGCGCUAGCGACAAGUACAAGUAACAGCAACUACACACCCAUUUAGAUUAUACAUGUCGUUUCGCGUUGUAAACGGCUUCCGUAUUUGAUCAACCCAAAGUUCCCUAUUUUAACCUUGUUCUGGUCUUGCUCUGGAUUUUUAUCGUGCCCUUGGAUUAUAAUAAAAAUAUGGCCGAGCAGAAGUUGAGUGACUCUGAAAAAUGGGAGCUGGUGGAGAUGGCCAAGACAUCAGAAAUGGCGGAGAGGUACGACGAAAUGGUUGGCUACAUGAAAAAGGUAGCCAAGGAGGGUAACGUCGAUUUGGAUUCUGCAGAGAGGAAUCUUCUGUCGGUGGCGUACAAGAAUGUGGUAGGUGCGAGACGUUCUGCAUGGCGCAUUAUCAGUGGCACCGAGCAGAAAGCAACAGAAAAAGGCAAGGAGCAAGAGGCAGUAUAUGCCAAACAGUAUAGACUAGAGAUUGAGCAGGAGCUGAAAGAUAUCUCCAGCGACGUUAUAGAACUUUUAACAGAUACCUUGAUAGCCCACGCCACAGCCGAUGAUUCUAAAGUAUUUUACCAUAAAAUGGAAGGAGACUACUCCAGAUAUCUAGCCGAGAUCGCUACCGCGGAAGAACGUGGAGAUAUUGCAGGUCGCAGUUUGAAAGCAUACAAAAAAGCUAGUGAAGUUGCAGAGAGUUUACCUUCUACACAUCCAUUAAAGUUGGGCCUGGUACUCAACUUCAGCGUAUUCUACUACGAGAUCAUGGGUUCCCCUGAACGUGCCUGUGAACUGGCCAAGACAGCAUUCGAUAAUGCCAUUGCAGAUCUGGAUGGUAUCAAAGAGGACAACUACAAGGAUUCAACUCUCAUCAUGCAACUGUUGAGGGACAACCUAACACUAUGGACUUCCGAAAGGUCAGAUGACGUAGAGGACAUUGAAGAUCAACAAUAGCAGGAGACAUCUUAAGCUAAGGUCAUAGGUCACUUGGACAUAUUCUCCAACACAGAGAUUAGAAGCAAAUCUUUAAAUGCAGUUCUCCUUACACUACCAAUACUAUGUAAUAGGCCUACAUAUUAUCUCUUUUCUAUAUGCUAGCAACAUCUAACUCUUGAGAGAAAUAUUGGGUAACAGUUACUUUCUGCAAAGAAAUAGGCCUAUAUAAAUGCCCUUGUUUACGGCCAUUGAAAUGAUUACGACAUACGUGUGCACUUCUGUGGAUUACAAUUUGAAGAAAUGAAAGACAAAAAUUGCGCUAAUAAUACACUAGUUACCGUAAUAGAAAUAUAAUAAUGUGAAAUGUAUAAACUUGGAAAUGUAAUGUAUACAUUAUAUUGUGUAAGGUAUUGUACAUGUAUCUCUUAAAUCAUGAAGUGAUGAAACACAUUGGAGACAAAGCUAAUCAAAUUUGAGGAAAAUGGGGGGGGGGGGGGGAAUAUGAAAGUGUACAUGAUAUACUAAUUCUCUCAUAUUGUUUCAAAUAUAACUUGUGUUCCGUUUGAUGUUUGUUUGGCAUUAGUUUUAUUGGCAGGAAUAUGCAUAAGUGGACAUUCUCUCUUUUUCUAAAUUUUGCACUGUGUGAUGAUGUAGUUUGAAUCUGUACUUCUGCUUUAUUUUUUUUUCUUGUGGAUUUAGAAAGUGCCGAUGGAACAAGAGAUUCACCCUAAUGCACUAUCUUCCUUUAAGCACAGAAUAAUAGAGAAUGUAUAUGUUGCACAAUUCCACCGAGAUGUGGUUAUCUCAAAGAUCUUUUCAGGGGAAAAGUCUUUACUUAGCUCCAAAAUGCUCUUUAAACCAUAUCUUGUAUUAUUUGUGUUUUUUUUUGUACGGUGCAAAAAGGGAGAAUAUUAUAUUGAGAAUUCUAAUGAUUUGGCAUUUGUGCUGAUAGUUUAGUUUCUUUUUCCUUUUUUUAAUGUGAAGAAGUAUAUACUACCCGUGUUACUUAUUUUCUAUUACACUUUAUAUUGUUUAUGUUACCCUAUGUGCUUUAUUAAAUAGUUGAUAAUUUUCUUUAAGGUCUUGUCAAAGCAACAGUAUGCAGUUAGAUUUAGAUUACAUUGACGUGUGUCGUGAUCCAUACAUAACGUCUGUGGAUGAUGUUCUUUUGGAAAUGUACGUCCCUCCCCAAACAAGUGACUUCUUCGCUCGGCGACGUUGAUUGAGUUCUUGACAUAAAAAAUAUAAUUAAAAGGGUUCUCCGGGCUGAAAAUAUUAAAUAUCAUUAUUAAUAGAGUAAAUCCACAAGUGGGGAUAUGACAUCUAUUGAAUAAUCAUGAACACAAUCAUGUACUGUUUCACCGAAAUAAUACAAUUUUUAAACUGUCAUAACUGUUA